UUCUAUCCAACCAUUAACUAUGACCAAUAAAAAUUUGAAUUUGAGUUCACAAGUGCUGCCUAUUGAUGAUGAAUCAGAAUUAUCUAAACAAAACCAAAAUAAUUUAGAUAAUUCACCUGAAUAA